AUGGCACCGCCGAUUGCAAUAGAGAGCGAGGAGCACCUGCAGCGCCUCGUGCAAGAGAAUGACAAGUUGAUUGCUGGCUGGAUUCCUGCCGGGGAGGAUGGUGAACCCACCGCCGAGGAGGCCUUUGAGCAGCUGCCAGCUGAUGCUGAAGGAGGUCUCGCCCUGUUGUGCCGCAUCGAUCCCGGAAUCAUCCCUGCUGCUAACCUGCUGCCCGACGGGUGGGAGACAAGCGAGGGUGACCAGCAGGAGCCAUGUUGGUUUUUCUACAGCGCUGGCAAGAUGGUGUACGCGGCACAAGACUCCGCCACGCCGGGCCCGAAGCUCGGCCGCCUCGCCGCUCUCCUCGAGCGUAGCCCGGACACCCUCCACCAGCUCGCUCGGCAAGACCAAGUCCUUCGCCGACAACGGCGGGGACAGCAAGCAUCCACCGCCACCGCCGCCGGUGCUGACCAAGGUCAUGUCGUCGUCGCUGCUGCGCCACCCCAAGAACCGGGGCGACACGGCGCCGCGCGCGGAGAACAACUGCUUGGGGUCACACAGGGGGGGGCGGCUCGGGAGAGAGGAGUGCCUGCUUCCGGGCCGGGGCCCGCAGUUUUGGUCUUCGUCGCCGGGGAUAGGUCUCAGGUGGGCAAAAGCAGCACGUGCCUCGGCCUCCUGGGAGCUUUGCUACGACGAGAAGACUUGUGCUCGAGCGACCUGGCCUACAUCAAGCCGGCCACGCAGUGCGAGAAGCCGCAGCUGGUGACCGACUGGUGCGAGGCAAAUGGCGUCGCCUGUCGAGGCAUAGGUCCGGUGGUUUUCUACAAGGGUUUCACGAGGCAGUUCCUCAAGGGAGGGGCGGGCACGUCGGAGGAACUGCUGCAGGAGAUCAGGGAUGCUGUCGAAGAAAUUUCCUCAGGAAAAAAGGUCGUCGUGGUCGACGGCGUGGGCUACCCCGCCGUGGGAUCGAUCUGCGGGGUGUCCAACGGGGACGUCGCCGCCGCUCUCAAGGCGCCGGUCCUUUUGGUUGGAAAGUCGGGCGUCGGGGACGCCGUGGACAGUUACAACCUCAACGCCUGCUUUUUCGAGGCCCGCGGUGUGAGGGUGCUUGGAGGCGUGUUCAACAGGAUCUCCACCGCCGGAUACUACUCCCUGGAGCGCUGCCGCGAGGCGGUGACUUCGUAUUUCGCUCAGGCGAACCCAAACGCCUUACCCUACGGCUUCGUGCCCGAGAUAGCCUCCUUGAAACACGCCGCCGAGACGGGCAGCGUUGCGGCGAAACCCGGGGUUUCCCAAGCAGAGGCCAACUCAACGGCAGUUCCUCCGGCACCCGGGGCGGCGUCGGCGCAAGCGGAGGUUGCUCAGGGUGAAGGCGGUGGGCCUGGGAGUGGCAUGGUGACUGGUCUGUCGGAUUCGCCUACAAGAAAGGGGCCGGAAGCUGCGCUAGUGAAAGAGAAGCUGCCGGCAACAGAGGUCGAGGAUGAGCAGGACCUACAAGCUUUCGUGGCCACCGCCGGGAGCGAGCGGUUGGUGUUGGUAGACUUCGGGGCGGAGUGGUGCAAGAACUGCAAGGCGAUAUUGCCUCUCGUGCGCAACCUCCCGGAGCGGUUCGACGGGACUGUCGCGGUGGCCACGGCUGACGUGGAUAAGGCGGCGGAACUCGCUGAUGAGCGCGAAGUGACCACCAUUCCGCACUUCCUCCUCCUCAAAAACGGUGUCCAGGUGGACACCUACACAGGCAGUUCGGAAACGGACCUGCUGAGCAAGCUUGCACAGCACCUCCCUAACGUUGGGAGCCCGUCAACAGAGCCAAGCCCAGCCGGCAGCGGAUCGGCAGGCGCCGGUUCGAGCGGUGCCAUGAUCCGUAGCGGCCCGGGAGAACACGCCAAGGGCGUGAACGGGGAAGACGUUCCAGGCAAAAACUUCGCCGCCCUCAAGGCAGCGGAGGCACUCAUCGACGCAUUCGACGGCAAUGUGGACGUCGCUCGACUCUUGCGCGACAUCCGACAGUACGCCGCCGAAGCUUAUGGUGGCACCAGUUCUAAGCCCUCUCGGCGGCUGCUGCCACCACCACCACCACUAUUGCCACGAGCUCCGGGAGAAGCACCUAUCCAGAAGACGAAGGCCGCGGCUGAUUCGAGUUCCGGACAGCCGUGGGCAGUAUCCGCCGCUUCUGCUGUUGUCCAGCAGCAGCAGGGUGCAACAGUGGAAGAGGGCAGGGGGGGAGAGAAACGGGAGACGAGCGGAAGCGAUUCGUCCGUCACGGCAACCAAGCCUUCUGCUGCUGCUGCUGGCGCCGCCGCGGUCUCUGCCACGCGGAAAAGCAGACAAGAAGUGGAAGCAGAAGCCGCCAAACUGGGGGCGUCAGGCGGCUGACAGCUUGGGUCGAGGAGGAAGUAGCAUGGGUGUGUUCCUCGAUAGGCACACGGAAACGACGUUUGGCGCGUUAAUUUGCCCUUGUAGGAAGCGCAUUUCACCAUACACCGUAUUCCUGUCGACUUUCAUGCCCUUGGUACCCUUCCCGGCCGAUUUAUGUAGAUAAUAUGGGUUUUCAGCCUACAGGGCGUAGCGGUUGCUCUGUGUUUGUGGUCAGCCCCCCUGAGAGGUUGUGUACGAAUGCCGUGAUGACGGGCGGCGCGGGAAACCAUCGCGAAGGAGCACAAAGUAUGUUUCUUCCGGCUGGCGCGGUCGCUCUGACAAGUGCGUUCGACCUGUUCGUUUUUUCUGAUAGCUGUAUGGUAGACAAGUCGUAUAUUCGGGGUCCCAUUUAUCUCAGAAUGCUGUCAUUCACCACCUGGCCAAACUUACGUGCGCGUUUCGAAGAGUUUUUCACACGGUUGGGUGAUGGAUCUGAAUUGCUAGGAAAAUACAGUAGUUGGGGUUGCCUAUGUACAGCAGGCGCUGUAGGAUUUGUUCUCCCGAGGUAGGGCCUCGUUGGUGUGCAUGUGUGGAAAACGUCGUGCCUUGCCUGCAGGAAGUUAUCAUCUUUCCAAGUGCGUAAGCGUGCUGGCAAUCGUGUGCCCGAAAGCCUUAGCAAGCAGUAGAGGAGGAAUGAUAUCCACGUAGGAGACCAAUGGUGGUCAGUGUCAGAUGCAGUGCCGCCUGGUUCACAGGAUUUGACCCGCAAACGGGAUAGCAACCAAAUAUUGAGGUUAGGUGCGAUUGGUUUCGUGCUUCAUCU